AUGUCAGAAAAAGAUAUAUUGGAUGGAAUAGUAGAAAAUAUCAUUUCUCAAACAAGCUUAGAAAAUCAAAUCGAAUCAGAUGCCCAAAAUAUACUAGAUCAAAAGAGUAAUGAACAAGAAACGAAAAGAUUAGAAAGAAGUUUAAAUAAGCUAACACAAUUGAAAAAGAAAAGAGAAUUAUUUCAACGAAGAUUAAACAAUGCAAAUAGGAUAAGCGUUAAAAAUAAACUAAGAGAAACUAUUGACACAUUAAAUAAAGAUGAAAUCAGCCCACUUCUACAAGACAUAAAAGAUAUUAAAAGCAGAAUUAAAGUUAUAAAACCUCUGAAAGAAAAUGAUCAUUAUAAAAAUAAUAAAAUUCCUAAUGUCCAGUCAGACAGACAACAAGGUGAAUCUGAAACAGAUUAUUUGAUAAGAGUAGGUAAAGUUACCGCAUUUGGUAACAAAUCAAAUUUUGUACUCACUAAUGACGAAGAAGGUGAUACUACCGAUAAUUAUUGCGAGCAACGAGAGUUAGGAGGGGAAAAACAGGCAAAUUCCACCGAAGUAAGUAGAAAAAGGAAAGCUAGUCACAAUAUCUAUGAUUCUAAUCUGGAACUACAAGAAAUGCUUCCAGAAAAUGUCUUGAUAAAGGGAAAGAAAUCGAAGAGACAAAGUAGGGAAAAUCAAACUACUGAUAUAUCUAUAAAUGAAGAGGUAUCAGAUAAUAAACCUAUCGAUAAAGGGCGUCCAGAAGAGUUGUCGGGCUCUGAAUUUGACGAGGAAGAAUUUGAAUCUGAACUCGAAGAGGAAGAAGUAAUAUAUGAAGGGAGUGAAGCUGAGGAAGAGGCUGCCUCAAUAAAAGUAAAAGCUUCAAAUUUUGUGGAUGAUGGCGAUGAAUAUAGUUAUCAAAAAAGAUUAAAGUCAUGGAUAAAAAAUAGGUCCAAAGAUAGGAAGAUAGACAAACACCCAGAGUUACCAGAAUGGCUUAAAACUCACCCAGAUUUCAAGGAUGCUAAACUAUCCAAUGAUCUCAAAAUACCCGGAGAAAUUUUCUCCAACUUGUUUAACUACCAAAAAACUUGCGUUCAAUGGCUCUGGGAGCUACGGCAGCAAAAAUGCGGGGGGAUUUUAAGUGAUGAAAUGGGAUUAGGUAAAACUAUUCAAAUUAUUGCAUUUCUGGCUUCUCUACAUCAUUCAAAUAAAUUGGAUAAACCAGUAUUGAUCGUAUGUCCAGCAACUGUGAUGAAACAAUGGGUCAGUGAAAUACAUAAAUGGUGGCCACCAUUCAGAGCAAUUAUUUUGCAUUCUAUUGGCGCUGGAUUUGAUGCCAAAUCAGGUAAAGAGGCCAUGAACGAUGAAAAAUUGGAAGAGAUGCUAGUAAAUUCGGAAAAUUUUACUUAUGAAGAUUAUAUCGAUCAAAACAAAGUGAAGAACGCAAUUUCCAACAAGACAGAAGCAUGUAAAUUGAUUGAUAAAGUGGUUGAGUGUGGCCACAUAUUGGUCACCACUUAUGUCGGUUUGAAAAUAAAUUCUGACAGGUUGUUGAAAGUAAAUUGGUCGUAUGUUAUAUUGGAUGAAGGCCACAAAAUCAGAAAUCCAAAUUCAGAUAUAUCUUUAACAUGUAAACGUGUUAAAUGUAGAAAUAGAAUAAUUUUGUCUGGGACACCGAUUCAAAACAACUUGAUUGAAUUAUGGAGUUUAUUUGAUUUUAUUUACCCUGGAAAAUUAGGUACACUUCCCAUAUUUCAACAACAAUUUGCACAUCCGAUAAAUAUGGGUGGCUAUGCCAAUGCCACAAACUUGCAAGUUCAAACUGGCUACAAAUGUGCAGUAUUGCUUAAAGACCUAAUAACUCCAUAUCUACUAAGAAGGGUGAAAUCGGAUGUAGCUAAGGAUCUACCCAAGAAAAAUGAAAUGGUUUUGUUUUGCAAAUUAACUAAAUACCAGCGGAACAAAUAUAUGGAUUUUUUGAACUCUGAUGAACUGACAAAAAUUAAGGGUGGCAAAAUCAAAGUUUUAUAUGGAAUUGAUGUAUUGAGGAAAAUAUGCAAUCAUCCAGAUUUGUUAAUAAGUAAAGAUUUCAGCUAUAAAAGACCCGCAGAUUAUGGAAGUGCCUCAAGAUCUGGGAAAAUGCAAGUGGUCAAACAAUUGUUGAAAGUGUGGCAUGAAAAUGGGCAUAAAACUUUGCUAUUCACACAAUCAAGACAGAUGCUUAACAUUUUCCAGGACUUUAUUGAAAAAAGAGAUCCUGAUUUGUCAGGCAAUUUAAAGGUGUUGCGUAUGGACGGUACGACAAAUAUUGGGGCAAGACAAGCGCUUGUUGAUAAGUUCAAUAAUGAAAACUAUGACGUCUUUCUUCUAACGACCAAAGUGGGUGGAUUAGGCAUCAAUUUGACUGGUGCAGAUAGAAUUAUUAUCUAUGAUCCUGACUGGAAUCCAUCCACUGAUUUACAAGCUCGUGAACGUGCCUGGAGGAUUGGCCAGAAAAGAGAUGUUACAAUAUACAGAUUGAUGAUAGCUGGUUCUAUAGAAGAGAAAAUUUACCAUAGGCAAAUUUUCAAACAAUUUUUAUCCAAUAAAAUCCUAAAAGAUCCGAACCAGAAAAGAUUUUUCAAAACGAAUGAAUUACAAGAUUUGUUCACCUUGGGAGGCAGUCGCGGGUACAAUGAAGAUUUAAACGAACAGAUCAGUACUCUGACAGAAAAAAAUAAUAACAAAUCAGGUGGCAAUAAUGAUGAUGAUUUGAAUGCAGUUUCGUCAAUGAGUGGUGUUUCUAAAUUGGAGGGAUUUUAUGAUUCUAAAGAACAUGAUGAAAUUGAUAAAACCGAAGAUGACCGUUUAAUGAAAGGAUUAUUUGGCAUUGAAAGUGCAGUCAGCCACAAUAAUUUGGUGGAUUCUCAUUACAAACCUUCUGAUGAUAUUAUAACUCGGGAAGCGGUUAGAUCAGCGGCAAGGGCUGCUGAAGAAUUAAAAAAAUCUAGAAAUAUAACCAAACAGUACAAGAUAGGAACACCCACAUGGACAGGUAAGUUUGGAGUUGCUGGAAAAGCUAAAAAGAAUAAAAAAUUGAGUAUUACUAACAUAAGUAAAAGUAAAAAUAUAUCAACUAAAAUGCUUAAUGGAGGUGGAAAUGGUUCUUCUGCAAUUUUGGAUACAAUUAAAAAAUUAAAUAAUACUGACAACCCAUCACCAACCAUACCAAGCAAUGCUCAAAUUGACGCAAAACUAACUAAAGACGUUGAAGAUUUAUCCAAGUUUAGAGAUUUUCUUAGAAAUAAACCAAAUAAGUUUGCUACUUCUUCAGAAAUUAUAAAUGGUACUGGAUUUAAACUUAUUACUGAGGAAGAUACACUUCGAUUAAGGGCAUUCUUGAAACAAAUUGCCACAUUUGAUAAACUGUAUAAAGGUUGGAAAUUAAAAGAGGAAAAAUAA